GCGGGGCCGGGCGGGCGGAGCCCCGCGGCGUGGCGGCGCGGCGCCCCCCGCCAUCGGCGCCCCCAGCCCGGCGCGGCCCGGCGCCGCCGCCCCGCCAUGCCGCCCGCCCGCCCCGAGUACCUGCCGCCCUGGUGGGCCGCCUGGCUGCACGGGCUGCCGCACCGCGGCCUGCGCCUCCAGCCCGUCCCCGCCGCCUUCCGACCGCGGGACCCCGACUACCAGCAGUCCCUGCUUUUCCUGGGCUUAGUGGCCGCCGUCUGCCUUGGCCUCAACCUCCUCUUCCUCACCAUCUACCUGAUUUGCCUGUGCUGCUGCAAGAGGGACCAGGAGCCGGAGACCAAGCGGCCCCACUCCUGCUGUGUCACCUGGAUGGCCGUCACCGCCGGGCUCAUCUGCUGUGCGGCCGUCGGCAUCGGCUUCUAUGGGAACAGCGAGACCAACGAUGGGGUGUACCAGCUGCUCUACGCCGUGGACCACGCCAACCACACCCUGACUGGCAUCGACUCGCUGGUGGCGGGCACCACGCUGCAGAUGCAGGUGGGCCUGGAGCAGCACCUGGUGCGGCUGACGGAGCUCCUGGCUGAACGGGGGGACUACCUGCAGACCCUCAAGUUCAUGCAGCAGUUGGCCGGCAGCAUUGUCCUGCAGCUCUCGGGGCUGCCCGUCUGGCGGGGCACCAGCGCCGACCUCACCACGCUGGCUGGCCACGUUGCCUACGUUGAGUAUUACCGGUGGUUGGCUUAUCUCCUCUUCUUCAUCCUCGUCCUCACCGUCUGCCUCCUGGCCUGCCUGGGGCUGGCCAAGCGCUCCCGCUGCCUCCUCACCACGAUGCUGUGCUGCGGGCUGCUGACGCUCAUCCUCAGCUGGGCCUCCAUGGCCGUAGACACGGCAGCAGCGGUGGGCACCAGCGACUUCUGUGUGGCCCCAGACAAGUUCAUCAUGAACCAGACGGAGAGCGAAAUCAGCGCGGAGGUGGUUCACUAUUACCUGUACUGUGACCAAAGCCUGAGCAACCCCUUCCAGCAGGCUCUCACCGUCUUCCAGCGCUCAAUCACCACCAUGCAGAUCCAGAUCCAGGGCCUGAUACAGUUUGCACUGCCCCUCUUCCCCACAGCCGAGAAAGACCUGCUAGGGGUCCAGCAGCUCCUCAACUCCUCAGAGACCAGCCUGCACCAGCUCACAGCCAUGCUGGACUGCCGGGGGCUACACAAGGACUACCUGGACGCCCUUAUCGGCAUCUGCUACGACGGGGUGGAGGGUUUGCUCUAUCUGGUCCUCUUCUCCCUGCUGGUGGCCGCCUCCUUCUCCACCAUCAUUUGUGCCACGCCACGCGCAUGGAAGCACUUUGCUGGCCGGGACCGGGACUAUGACGACAUGGACGAGGAGGACCCCUUCAACCCACAGGCUCGUCGCAUCGCUACCCACAACCCAGCCCGGGGGCAGCUCCGCAGCUUCUGCAGCUACAGCAGCAGCCUGGGCAGCCAGAGCAGCCUGCACCCCCCGGCGCAGACCAUCUCCAACGCCCCUGUCUCCGAGUACAUGAACCAAGCUGUGCUCUUCGGUGGAAACCCGCGCUACGAGAACGUCCCCCUGAUCGGCAGAGGCUCUCCUCCUCCCACGUACUCCCCGAGCAUGCGAGCCACCUACCUGUCCGUCACCGAUGAGCACAUCAGGCACCACAACACUGAGUUCCCAGCCUAACACACUCGCCCCGAGCAGCUCAUGGGAGGAGAAAAUGCCACCGGCGUUUCUGUAACGGAAACCAAAGACACCUCGAAAAGACACGGUGGGAAGCCCACAGCCGGAGGACGAGCCCCGGCAGUGGGGAGCCCUGUGCCCACCAUGUGCUCUGUGCACCCUUCUCUCCCCCUCGGCAGCUUCCGCUCAGUCUCAAGUCUUCCUGCCUUAGGGCUGACAGCAACUCCGGGGCCGAAGGCCAGCCAGCAGCGGGGCAGUGCCACGGCCGGGCUCCUGGUGCGCCGGGAAGACCGGAGAUGCUUCACAGCCCUGCGUUGGCUUCUCCUUUCCCUUCCCGUCCACAGCAGCUCGGGGAUGUUUUAUGCCACGGAGGGAACCCUUCUCCAGUUCCCUCUGCCUGAAGUGCAAAGCCUGGGACCACAGGCUGCCCCCAGCACCAGCCCCUUGGGGAGGGGUCCGGGGCAGCAGCUCCUUCACUCCCGUAGCAAUGCAGUACCAACCACUAGUGAUCCCAGCCCCUUCCCGGCACCCACGGCGGCCUUGCCACCCCCCAAUGGUGACACCAGCUGCUCCCCUCUGCCACGCUCCUGCUCUGCACAGGCAGAGCUGGCUCCCUGUUCCCCUCUCGCUGCCCCCUGCCCCAGCUAGAGCCACCCUGGGUUCGGAGACUGUAGAAUUAGGGAUGUUUUGGCCUUGCUGGUUUUCCUUUGCUUUGCUUCUGGGUUUUAUGAGUUCUCUGCAGGGCAGAGGUACAGUUUGACUCACUGCCUCUGUCCCAGCAUGGUUUUACCGCAGUGCAUGUUGUUAGCAGGUUUUUGGCUGGUUUGUAGGCUCUUUUUGGUGGUUUGACUCCCCGGGGCAGGCAGACCGGCAGAGUGGGCUGGGGCAGGCUCCCCUCCUUCUGCAGGACAGCCCUGGGGUAAGCACGAAUCCCCUGGGAAACAGUUAGGGACUACUCAGGUGUCUCUGGGGCAGGAUGCAGUCCCAGGGAAGGGAAGGCAUACUCCUGCCACCCUGCCUGGCUUACCUGGCAGCCAGGGCUUCAGUCUAGGCCAGGGUACAGCUCUGGGAGCCAAGGAGCUGGGGGAACCAGCGUGGGCCAAAACGGAUCCUUUGUGGCUGCCCAUUUCAGCACAGGCUGCCCUGGGAACCUCGGGAGGAUGCAAGCAAAGGCUCCUUCCCCACAGCAACCCCUCCACCAUGGGCAGGGAGAGCCUCCUGCUCCAUCCCACCAACUGGGGAUGGAGCCAGAUCUCCCAGCCCAAAGGGUGCAGACAGGCUGAUGGGUGUUUUCUUGCCCGCUCACCCUCUGGGCCCUCUCCUCCCUCCCAGGGCGAGUUCAGCUCUCAUAACCACAUUCUGCACUGGGUCUGGGUCUGCUCCAGGGCUCUUCCCCACUGCAAAGGCUGUACCCAUGGUGCGGGAGGGCAAAGGCUUUCCCUCUGAUUGCAGUUAGCAGCCGCCUCCUGUGUUGCUGGUGGUGGCAAUCCAUCCCUUCCUCCCUGCUUUGACUAACAGUGCUGCAGCUGGGCAGACCCCGGGGUGGCCAGGGGCUGUCACCCUCGGGAGAGCCGGGGGGGUCUUACUUGAUAGCAGUGACUCACUGUGUCUUUUAAAGAUAACUUGUACAUACCCUUUGGUCCCCUAACGUCGUCUAUCCGUGUUAAGUGUGACUAGCAUUACUUGCUGUUGGAAACUUCCAGGGGUUUGAUUGGUUUGGGUUUGGGUUUUUGUUUUGUUGUUUUUCUUCCCCCCCCCCAGCUUUUAAUGUUUUAACGUAACGGUACUGGUAGAAGAGCUGUUUUUAAACUUUUAAACGCAUGUGAACUAACCUCAUUAGGACUCCAGGAGCUGGAGUCCGGCCUGAUUUGUAUGUGCCCUUUGGGGAAACGACAAUAAACACUUGUACUAAACUUA